AAUUGAUCUCCAACAGGCAAGACCAUGCGUUGUCGCUACGCUGCGCUCGCACUAGCUAUAGUAUUCUUCGCUAGCUCAAAUGCAACCGAAGAUUCGAAGAGGGUCACUGCUGAUAUCCCUGCUGCCGUUCGGUCCAUCUCUGCGGGCGUGAAGCACUACAGGCUCUUGAGGGCCGAAAGCACCGCGGAUGCGAACGACGAAGCGAGAGGAUUCAGUCUCAAGUCAAUUCCUGGUCUCUCGAAACUCACAAGUAUGUUCAAGACAAAGAUCACGCCUGGUACACUCCUAAACUGGGCCAACAAGGAGAAGUCGCCGGACUACGUGUUCCGAAAGUUAAAGCUUGACAAGACAGGGCAUCAACUUUUUGACAACCCGGAUAUCAACGUUUGGGCUGCUUAUACGAAUGCCGUAGUGAAAUCGAAUGCCGACGACGCGAUGCUCACGACAUUGAGGGCUCGCUACAGCGACGAUGCUCUAGCCAAGAUGUUCGAAGCGGGCAAAAAGGUAACACAAAGCGAAAGCGUCGCCACUAAACUACAAAGUCGGCAAAUGGAAAACUGGAUGGCCGCUAAGAAGACACCAGAUGAUGUGUUUAAGAUUCUUCUUCUUGACAAGGCUGGUGUCGGAGUCCUCGACAACUCGGCCCUUGCAGGUUGGACCACCUACAUGAGGUUCUUCAACUCCAAACAGGCGAAUAGGAAGAAUCGAGUCACGUUGAUCAGUACACUUACGACACACUACAAAGAUCGAGGGGUUCUGGACAUUAUCGAAGCGGCCAAGAAAGUACCCAGCACGGCUAGGACUGCGAAACUAUUGGAAGCGGAUCAGAUUCAGUUUUGGCUGAAGAACGAAAGAACACCAGACGAGCUUCUCACGUUACUGUCCCUCGACAAGGCCGGAGACCAGCUUCUAGCUAGUCCACGUUUCCAGACUUGGUCCAAGUACAUUAACUACUAUAAUAAGGAGUACCCCAGCGAGGCUACAACUGUGAUGGAGAAACUGACGUAUAAUCUUGGCGAGGAAGAAGUUAUAGGGAUACUUGCAGCAGCGCGGAAGGUACCAAGUACAGAAAAGGCUGCCGCGAAAUUACAAGCCGAACAAUCCAAGAUCUGGCUCAGUGCAGACAAAGACCCGGAAGAACUUUUCAAGUUGUUACAACUCGACAAGACAGGGGAUGAUCUCCUAGACAAUCCACAGUUUAAGUAUUGGGGGAAGUACGUGGAGGAUUUCAAUUUGAACCCGCAACUCGAGGAUCUAGUGUCCAUUAUUGACAUAGUACGGAAGAACUUUGCUGAUGACGUACUGGCGCAUAUGAUUGUCACCGGGAUGAAGGCUCCGAGUACGAAGAGUAUGGCCCAGCGAAUGGAGGACGAGCUCUUCAAGGGAUGGAUAACAAACCUGAAGACGCCUGACGUUGUCUUUAUGUAUCUCAAACUGAAUAAGGCGGGAGAAAAGGUAUUCGAGAACCCACUCUGGAGCAUGUACACAAAGUACUUAGACCACUUCAAUAAAGUGGUACCGAUGAAACAAACUACGAUGAUAUCGGCAUUUGCGAGAAACUACGACAAAGAAGCACUAGCAAAAAUUCUCAUUGCGGCGAAGAAAGAUCUGCGUACGGAGAGACUCGCUUCGAAGUUGUAUACUGAACAAAUCCAACGCUGGCUGACUACCAAGGACCCGCCAGACGAGAUCUUCAAGGCGCUCAAGCUUGACGAGGUAACAGAUGACAUUUUCACCAGCCCAUUAUUCAAUACCUGGAGCGCGUACUUGGAUGAUUUCAAUGCGAAGUUCCCCGAUGAGAAAGUUUCUAUGAUCGAUACGUUCCGUACCAACUUUGACGAUGCAUUUCUGGCGAAGAUGUUCGUCAACGCAAAGGAGAUUCCGGCCAUGGAACAGCUCGCGACCAAGUUGCAGGCUGACCAGCUUCAGCGUUGGCUGGCGAAUCGAGAUACCCCGGAUGAUAUUUUCAGAGCACUCAAGCUUAACGCUGCAGUGGACGAUGUUCUAGCUAAUCCGUUGUUGAACACUUGGGCCACAUACUUGGAGGACUUCAAUGCCAAGUUCCCGAGGUCGAAAGUGUCGAUGAUUGAUACCUUCCGAGAUGUAGAAGUACGACGAAUAAAGAAACCCUAG